GGGAGCGAGCGAGCAGGGAGGAUGCUGCGAGAUGAAAAAUGGCUGAUACUUCACCGUCUUCACAGCCCUGACGCCGAGACCACAUUUAAACAUGGAGAAAAAAAAAAACGGAAAGAUGGUUUUGUGAGGAUAACGCGAGCAGGGGAAUCGCUUCGGCGGCGGCGGAAUGGAUCCGGACUUCAUGGUGCGUGUGCGUGCGGUGGUGAUGUCACGGGACGACUCCAGCGGGGGAUGGGUGCCCAUGGGAGGCGGCGGCCUGAGUCAUGUGACCAUCUGCAAGGGGCGGAGCCAGGAGGAGAGCGACGGGACGGAGAGACAUUACAUGAUCCGGGGAGAGAGACUGAGAGACCAGGCUCCCAUCCUGGAGUGCCCCCUGAAGAGAGAUCUCAUUUAUAACAAGGUGAACCCCAUCUUCCAUCACUGGAGAGUGGAUGAGAGGAAGCUGGGACUGACUUUCCAGAGUCCAGCAGACGCAGCAACCUUCGAGAGGGGAGUGCAGAGCGCCAUUGAAGAGGAGGAGGAGGAGGGGGAUCUGGACUGUCCUUCUUCCUCCUCCUCCUGCAUUCAGGAAGAAGCAGCAGCCACAGAGGAGGCAGCCACAUCUUCUCUUAACAGCAGGAAGGAGAUGCUGCCCAAGCCGGUCACCAUAGUAACCAGCGAGUCCUCGUCCAGCGGCUUUCUACAGGAGUGCGGGUACAGCAGCGCCCCACCUGCACAGGUACAGACCCGCCACCAGCAGCACGCGCCCCCCCCCUCUCGGCUCCGCGGCGAGGAGCCGAGCAAGGACUCUGUGGCGGGGGGGCCCGCCGUGGGGAGAGGGGAGAGGGGAGGAGGGGGAGGGGGAGGGGGAGGGACACCACAUGUUGUACGGCCCCACGUGUUCACGGAGCAGGAGAAUGGCAGGGGGCGGUGUCAGGACGCUCCGGACCCCUCGCUGGGCUGCGUUCACACCAUCACCUGCAUGUGGUGCGCUGAGAGCCUUCUGUACCACUGCAUGUCAGACUCAGAGGGAGACUUCUCGGACCCCUGCUCCUGCGAGGACUCGGCCUCUCGCCCGCACCUCUGUGCCCGCUGGCUCGCCCUGGUGCUGCUGUCGCUCGUGGCACCCUGUAUGUGCUGCUACCUGCCCCUGAGAGCCUGCCUGCGCUGCGGGGGCAAGUGUGGCUGCUGUGGGGGCAAACAUAAGGCUGUGCGGUGAGAGAGGGGCAAGAGAGGGAG